AUGAGUAUUGUUUUCGAAACCUUACUGGCUAUAUUGAUAUCUUACACACCAUAUAUCAAUCGUGGUUUAAUGAUGUAUCCAUUAAAAUUACAUUGGUGGUUUUUACCAUUACCAUUUACAUUACUUGUUUUAAUUUAUGAUGAAUGGAGAAAAUGGAUGAUUAGAAAAUAUCCUGGUUCAAUUAUUGAUCAAGAAACUUCUUAUUAA